AUGUUCCCAGAUCUCAGAGAUUCCAACAGCUCUAAGUUCCAGGUCUCUGAGUUCAUCCUCCUGGGAUUCCCAGGCAUUCACGGCUGGCAGCACUGGCUGUCCCUGCCCCUGGCUCUGCUCUACCUCUUAGCUCUCAGUGCCAACAUCCUCAUCCUGAUCACCAUCAACCAAGAGACAAUGCUACACCAGCCCAUGUACCACUUCCUGGGCAUCCUGGCUGUGGUAGACAUGGGCCUGGCCACCACCAUCGUGCCUAAGAUUUUGGCUAUCUUAUGGUUCAAUGCUAAGGCCAUCAGUCUCCCUGAGUGCUUUGCUCAGAUGUAUGCCAUACAUUGUUUUGUGGCCAUGGAGUCAGGCAUCUUUGUCUGCAUGGCUAUAGAUAGAUAUGUAGCAAUUUGCCGACCACUACACUAUACCUCGAUGAUUACUGAAUCUUUUGUGAUCAAAGCAACUGUGUUCAUGGUACUCAGAAAUGGUCUUUGUCCCAUCUCAGUGCCUGUGUUGGCCGCUCAGAGACACUACUGCUCCCGGAAUCAAAUCGAGCACUGUCUGUGCUCUAACCUUGGAGUCACCAGCCUAUCCUGUGAUGACAGGAAAAUUAACAGUGUUAACCAGGUACUUCUGGCUUGGGCAAUCAUGGGAAGUGACCUCAUCUUGAUCAUUUUAUCAUACGCUUUUAUACUUUAUUCUGUGUUGAAGCUGAACUCAGUAGAAGCUGCAUCCAAAGCCUUAAGUACCUGCACUUCACACCUCAUCCUAAUCCUUUUCUUCUAUACAGUUGUCAUUGUCAUUUCUAUCACUCAUGGUGCGGGAAUGAGAGUUCCCCUCAUUCCUGUUUUUCUCAAUGUGCUACACAACGUUAUUCCUCCUGCCCUCAACCCCGUGGUUUAUGCACUCAAGAACAAGGAGCUCAGGCAAAGUUUAUUCAAGGUGCUUAGGCUGGACACCAAGGGAUACUAA